CAGGCGUGCCGCGGCGCGCGCUGAGUCGUCCGCGUGGUCCGCGGCGGCCGACUCGUCCCGCAACCAGUCAGAGAUGUCUUCCAGGUCGCUGGGUGUGACGGGAGACGCGGGGGCUGUCGAGACGCCCCCUGGCAGCUCCACCACACAGUUCAUCCCCGGGCGGAGCGCGAGGUCGGCCAGGGCGUCCGCGGCGGCGGUGACCGCGCAGUUUUCGCGCGCGCCCGCCAGCACGUCCUUCAGGGCGGCCGCCGGCUCGGCGGAGUCAGAGCACGGUGUCUCGCUCGGACCCAGCUCCGCCAAAGCGUCCGCUCCGCCACCGACGGAGACCUCCGGCGGACCGCCGUCGUCCUCGACCACUGGCGCGCACCAACCAGCCGCGGCGCACUGCGCCCCGUCCACGGCACCUGCCGCCUCCCUACUGUCCGGUGACCCGUCCGCCGCACCGGUCUCACACUCGCCCGUGUCGCCUGCACUGUCCUCCCGCACCGACGCCAACUCGACACCCUCUGCACUCUCAUCCAGUUCGGUGCUCCCGGAACUCUCUGCCACUUCGUCGCCCUCUGCGCUCUCCACUAGUACGGUACCCUCUGCACUCUCCACCAGUUCGGCACCUUCUGCACUGUCCAGUUCGAUGCUCUCGGGACUCUCCACCAUAGCAGCGCCCGGUGCACUCUCCCCCCGUUCGGCGCCCCGUGCACUUUCUUCCACCCCACUUUCGAAGCUCUCGGCACUCUCUUCCACUUCGGCACCCUCCACACUCUCUUCCAGUUCGAUGCUUUCGGGACUCUCCGUCAGUGCGGCGCCCGGCGCGCUCUGCUCCACCUCGGCCCCCUCCGCACUCUUCUCCAGCCGGACGCCGUCGGCACACUCCUCGCGCACGGCGGCGAGCUCGCGCGGCUCGGCGGCGCGCCGCACGGCCAACUGGGCGUCACCGUGCUCGGGCCCAAAAUCAGGCUCGACUACGGGCGCCUCGGCCUGGCCGGCGGCGGCGGCCGUCGCCGGCUGGAACGCCGGCUCGGUAGUCUCGGCGUGGCACUCCAUGGCGCGGCCGGCGACGCUCAGCGCUGCAGGCGCGGGAACAGCCGGCCCAGCUGCUCCGAGGCUCGCUGGUACAGCGCCGGGUCCACGCCGCUCGCGUCACUUGAAAAACUGA